UUGAACCUGCUGAAGGCAAGAACAGUUUGCCACACAGUUCCAAAGGUCUCCCACUUACCACAGUCGUCAGAGCAAGCAAAAUGAUCGAACCCAUUGGGAAUCAGUACAUUGUAGCCAGGCCAGUGUAUUCUGCGAAUGCUUUUGGGGAAGAACAUAAGAAGAAGCAGAGGCAUCACAAGACCUUUCUGGAUCAUCUCAAAGUGUGUUGUAGCUGUUCCACACAAAAGGCCAAGAGAAUCGCCCUGUCUUUGUUCCCCAUAGCAUCUUGGUUACCAGCCUACCGGAUAAAGGAAUGGCUACUCAGUGACAUUGUUUCCGGAAUCAGCACAGGGCUGGUAGCUGUACUGCAAGGUUUAGCAUUUGCUCUGCUGGUCACCAUCCCCCCAAGCUACGGACUGUAUGCAGCCUUUUUCCCAGUUAUAAUCUACUUUUUCUUGGGCACUUCUAAACACAUAUCUGUGGGUCCGUUUCCAGUUCUGAGUAUGAUGGUGGGAGCAGUAGUUGUGAGAUUAACCCCGUCGGAGAGUACAGCUGCUCUGGAACUCUCUAAUAGCUCGAUGAGUAAUGAUUCAUCAGCAGAUGAGUAUAAGGUGAUGGUGGCUGCCACGGUUACAAUCCUUUCUGGAAUCAUUCAGUUGCUCAUGGGAGUUCUGCAGAUUGGGUUCGUGGUGAUCUAUCUAUCGGAGUCCCUAAUCAGUGGCUUCACCACAGCUGCUGCCGUGCACGUUUUGGUUUCUCAGCUCAAGUUUAUGCUUCAGCUGAAUGUUCCUGCACACACUGAUCCAUUUUCAAUUUUCAAAGUACUGAAUUCCAUAUUCACACAAAUAGAGAAGACUAAUAUUGCAGACCUUGUGACAUCCUUGAUUAUUCUGCUGAUUGUAUUUGUGGUUAAAGAAAUAAAUCAGCGCUACAAAGCCAAACUUCCGGUGCCCAUCCCAAUUGAACUCAUCAUGACUGUGAUCGCAACAGGUGUGUCCUAUGGCUUUGACUUCAAAAACAGGUUUGAGGUGGCUGUGGUUGGGGAGAUGAAAAGAGGAUUUCAGUCCCCCAGCGCACCCGACAUGCAGAUUUUCCAAGAGACCAUCGGGGAUAGCUUCGGCAUCGCGAUCGUUGGCUUUGUGGUGGCCUUCUCAGUGGCCAGCGUCUAUUCCCUCAAGUAUGAUUACCCGAUUGAUGGCAAUCAGGAGUUAAUAGCCUUAGGAUUGAGUAACAUAUUCAGUGGAUCAUUCAAAGGCUUUGCCGCGAGUACUGCCCUCUCCAGAUCGGGGGUUCAGGAGAGCACUGGAGGCAAAACACAGAUUGCUGGGCUUCUCUCUGCUAUCAUCGUUCUGAUUGUCAUUGUAUCCAUUGGAUUUCUUCUGGAGCCACUACAAAAGUCUGUCCUGGCAGCGUUAGCACUUGGGAACCUGAAGGGAAUGCUGAUGCAGUUCACAGAAAUACGAAGACUGUGGCAAAAGGAUAAAUACGAUUGUCUGAUAUGGAUCAUGACCUUCAUCUUUGCCAUUGUCCUGGGACUCGGGUUGGGCCUGGCGGCCAGCGUGGCAUUCCAGCUCCUGACCAUUGUGUUCAGGACCCAGUUUCCAAAAUGCAGCACACUGGCAAAUGUUGGAAGGAGCAACGUCUAUAAGAAUAAAAAAGAUUACGCUGACAUGUAUGAACCAGAAGGGGUGAAGAUCUUCAGGUGUCCAUCUCCCAUCUACUUUGCAAACAUUCAUUUCUUUAAGCAGAAACUUAUCGAUGCUGUUGGCUUUAAUCCACUACGAAUUCUACGCAAGCGCAACAAAGCUUUGAAGAAAAUCCGAAAACUGCAGAAAAAAGGCUUGCUGCAAGUGACACCAAAAGGAAUUAUAUGUACCAAUGAUGGCUUUAAAGAUUCCGAUGAAGAGCUGGACAACAAUCAGAUAGAAGGACUGGAUCAACCGAUCAAUACCACCGACCUGCCUUUCGAGAUAGACUGGAAUGCCGACCUUCCUCUCAACACUAUGGUCCCUAAAAUCAGCCUGCAUAGCCUCAUUCUCGACUUUUCAGCUGUGUCAUUUCUUGACAUUUCUUCAAUGAGAGGUCUCAAAACGCUUUUGCAAGAAUUUAUCAGGAUCAACGUAGAUGUGUAUAUUGUUGGAAGUGACGAUGAUUUCAUCGAGAAGCUUGUACAGUGUGAAUUUUUUGAUGAUGAAGUCAAGGACUCCAUCUUCUUCUUAACAAUCCAUGAUGCUGUUUUGCACAUUCUGAUGAAGAAGGAUUACAGUGCUUCAAAGUUUAAUUCCAGUCAGGAAAAACAACCGAAAUUUGAUUUUACCAUAAAUACAAAUGGAGGAUUACGUAAUCGAGAAUGUCAGGUACCAGUUGAAACAAAAUUCUAAUCAACACAUAACUCGGAAGGACCCUCAUCUGAC